AGAUAGUGUGCCACAAUAAUUAAGGUUGAGCAGCAGACGAUACUUUCAGAAGAUGGGUGCUUCAGCUGCCCAGGGAGAUAAGUACAGGUCUUACUUGUAUGGAGAAGGAGAGGAAAACACUGAAUGGAGAUAUGGGGCUCCUCCCAAUUAUGACGUUGUAAACAAGCUCUUUGAAGAAGGCAGAACUAAGAUAUGGCCUCCUGGGUCACUAGAGGAGCAGGUGCAGAACAUGGUGAAGACUUGGGAGAUGGAGAUGUUCCAUAAAGUGAAGAUGGAAGACUUUAAGUCAGUUGAUCCAAACAAGUAUACUUUCAGCCUCAAUGGAAGGAAGCCGAUAUCGCUGGAAGAGAAGAGAAAGCUUGGAGGAGGCUAUAAUCCACUGCUGCAAACCUCCUUGCCAGAGAAGUUCCGUGCUUAUAAUCCAGAUGGUGAAACAGCGAUUUCGUCUCACCUGGCUUUCACAACAGCGUUUCCUCGUGGUUUUGCACUGGAGAUUCUGCAGGUUUACUCUGGACCACCAGUGAUCCUAUACAAGUUCAGGCACUGGGGUUAUAUGGAGGGUCCUUUUAAAGGGCAUGCACCCACUGGAGAACGGAUAGAAGUCUUUGGGAUGGCCAUUUUUGAGCAAGAUGAGCAUUCAAAAAUUGUGAAGGUGGAGUUCUUUUACGACCGUGGAGAACUGCUUGGAGGCCUUCUGAAGGCUGUCUCUGAUGGUUCCAUGGAUGCCACUCCCUCAAACUGCCCUGUCAUGAGGAGCACUGGGUAGAUAAGUAACAACCAAUAUUCUGUUGUAUACUUGUAUGGAUGAAGUCUUAUGCAGUGUGCCCAGUGCCCACAGUUUCAUCCGCAAGUAUAUCUAUGUUCUAUUGUGCUAAGUAUUCUCUCAUGAUUAUCAACAUGUUUUAACAGCGUUUGAAGUAAAUAAAGUGAAAAAAAUAUCAUGAUCUUCAA